UACACAUUUAAUUUAUUAGAAGAAUAAUGUAAAUGUGACGUUGUUGGCGUUUUAAGCUAUACGAGCACUGUUUAGUAUGUUUGCGGCAACUCACACCGAGGGACCUGACGUCGUGAAGCCUGCCAUAAAAUGGCUAAAAUGAGACAAACAUGUCGGCGAAGACGUUUUGAACUUACAAUUGUCGUAUCGGUGGAAUUCGCUGGUCGUCGAAUCAAUUCGAACACCUGAGUUUGAGUACAUUUUGGCUGAAAGCGAGCAGGAAGUAGGGGAAGGAGGAGGGUUGGGGCGAAAACUUGCCGCAGUUGAACACUUGCGCCUCCCCGGCUCAUGUCCGGCUACAUACACGUAGACAAGUCGGUUAAAAUGGCACCAUACCUUCAAAAUGUAUCCGAAGAAGAGCGGGAGAGGGUAAUCCACAAAAAGAGUACCCCAGCUUGAGUGUAGCGAACGCGGGCCGGUUGUCCUCACUGCUGCCGGGGAGGUGAAGACAAGUUCAUCCCGUUCUCGGAAGCCGUGCAGCUGGGAGAGUUUCCACCUUUUCACCCUAAAUCAGUCUCUGUCUCUCGGAUAUCCCCUUCCAGAGUCGGUUCGGCAUCAAACCAUCACAUUCCACCGCGUCCUCAACAAUGAAAAAGGGGGCUUUUCCUUUUUUUUCUCCCCUUUCCCCCACUGUUGCCGUAGGAAGACCCACCCCUCGGGAUGACUCUGCCUGCUUUGACCGCAAAGAGAACGCCCUUCCCAGGAUGCGAGGUCCCGCCUCUCCGCCCCCUUCCUCCACACACAGAAGCAAGUCAGGCCGUUGUGCGUCGUCACUGAACUGCAAGAGGGGAUUCAAAUAACAAGCUGCGUUGAAAGCCACAAGAUGCAAGAAACUAUGACAGACACGUGGCUUUCAACAACCGAAGUCUCUCAAGGACUCACAACCUUUACAGCCGUGAAUGACUCAAACUUCCUGGACUCCCCCUUUCGUUAUCAUCUCUUCCCCGUGGCCUACAGCAUCAUCUUCAUUCUGGGCCUCUUCGCUAACAUCUAUGUACUGUUUGUGCUGCGCUGCCUACGAGAAGCCAAGGCCAUGGGGGAGAUCCGGAUCUACAUGACCAACUUGACCAUCGCGGAUUUACUUUUCGUGUGUGCCCUCCCCUUCUGGAUUGGGUAUUACAGUCGCGAAGGCACUUGGGUCUACAAAGACUUCCUGUGUCGACUGACCGGAUCGUUGUUCUUUAUUAACACCUACUGCUCCAUUUUGUUCCUGGGCGCUAUCAGCGUCAACCGAUACUGGGCGGUCACUCGGCCUCUGGAUGCGGCGUCGUCGGACCACAGGCGCCGUGGGAUCGCCGUGUGCGUUGUCAUCUGGUUGUUGACUAUCUCCAUGGCUGUUCCAUUCCUUGCAAGUCCAGGCACCAACCAGGAUGGGAACGUCACCCGCUGUUUCGAGGGCUACCAGAACGUAGACGAUUCGUCCAAAAGACUCACGGCUGCUACCCAUUUUGCAAUCAUCGGAAUGUUUUUUGUUGUUUUUGUGCUCGUGGUGGUGUGCAACCUCCUUAUUGCCCGAGCACUGGUUACCCAAAGUGUUUCUCAGUCCGUAUUCCAUUCCUCAAAAGGUCUAUCCAGGAAGUCCAACAUGAAACUCUCAUCUUCCAGAGGGUCCACAGGGGUCAAACAGAGGGCUGUGCAAAUGCUAAUGGCGGUUGUUGGCGUGUUUGUCCUGUGCUUCCUGCCUCAUCACAUAGUCCAAGGAUUCUGGACGCUAGCAGCACUGCAGAUCCAAGACGGAUGGGGCCACGUGGAUUGGCACCCCAAGACAGUGCAGGCGCUCAACGACCUCCAUCAAGUCACUUUGCUUCUCAUGGGCCUCAACUGCAUUCUGGAUCCAGUGGUGUAUUGCUUCGCCACCAGGAAGUUCCGAAGGUUCAUCAUGGCUCACCUGAAGAGGCUGGCAAAAGGCGAGAGUUGCUCCAACACAGUCACCUCACAGAUCUCCUUGGACAGCAGGCACCAGAGCCACAAACUUGAAGACGAGCCUAAUCAGCCUGAAGUGCAAUAAUUCAAACCGCCAAGCGAUGGCGUCAUGGUCAUGGACGCUGCGACUGAAGUGGAACAGGUUACAAACAAUUGUACCGAUUUCCCAAAGCUUUAAAACUAUGUUUCCUUUUUAAGGUUCGACUGUGAGCUCGACCAAAUCAAAUAAGUAAAGUAAGUUCUUUUGUAAAGAACGCUUUCGUAAUGUGGGAUCCGCAGACUGAAUUCAACUUCCUGUGUGAGGCACUCAUCACACACACAGAAAAGCAGAAGUUUUCCAAGCAGAAGUCUGUGAGACAAUCUGAUGGACGACUCGUUAUCUGAUGAGAAUGAACAAAUAAGCACCAGAAAAAAGUAGUAAUGUUGAU